GGUCAAUAAAUGUUUCACUCAUUUAUUAUCCCCUGCCCCUCUGCUUUACUCUAUGCUGUAAAGCCUUGUUACUGCUCAAAUUUGGCAAGUCUUCUCGGCUGGGAAAAUAGUUGUUUUUUUACCCACAAUCUAGAUUGCUAUGUGAAGUACAGAGCAUCUCUUGUCAGUUAGCCAAGUCUUGUUACUCCCUGAAUUUUCUUGUAAAAAAAUCUUGCAAAGACUAUAGUAGUAUAAAUUGAAAGCCGGAGAAACAAAAGAAUCUAUAGAAGUCUUAAUUUUUGAUUUUAUAGUUUCCUGGUGUACUUGGUUUUAUUUAAUACGUAUAGUCAUAAAAUGUAAAACUUCACAGACUUGAUUUCCUUUGUAGAUUUUUCAUAGUCCUAGGAUUUGCUUUAACUUGGGCAUAGUUAUGUGUUGGUCCCUAAAUUGGCUUAAUGUAGCUAUCAGUUGUUUCAAAUUAAUUAUUUUAACCCUUAGUAAACUUUAGUAGGGCUCUGUUGAGGGAUAGAAACAGCCUGGUAGCUAAAACUUAGACAUGCUUGGGGAUUGUAGACUGUAACAGUCGUGAUGGAUUAAAAUCUCUCAUUGUGUAGAAUACUUCUGUACAUUCAUUUAUUUUCAGGCUGUUAAUUCAUACAGACUUUGUGUAUGUAGAUUGCCUUUCUGUUUCGUGUGGAAGAAUUUGUGGGUGUGAGUUUGUGUAGAAGUAUCCUCCAGUAGCCAUUUCCUAGGUAUCAGAAGACAGAGUUGCCACUUCCUUAGCAGGGACGUUGCUCUGUAGUUGCCAUCGUUGUUCAGUAACUGCCACAUUGCCCCUCAGAUGGGCUUUGAUCUGUAGACCCGUACCUGCACUCCUGUGCUCUGUCGGUGCUUUGCCGCUUACCUGUUACCAUGGUGACACAGAAGCCUGGUUCUGCCCUCUGCUGAGCAUGCCGAGAGAGCCAGGAGGGCCCUGGGAUGCUGCCACCCUACGUCCAGGCCGCGUGAGAUGGGAGAGGCUGUAGGCAGGGAUCCUUCAAUGAACUGGGCCUUGAAGCAUGGGUGUGACUGCACAGAAAAGUUACAGAACAAAUUUGACUUUUUGCGCUCACAGUUGAAUGAUAUUUCUUCGUUUAAGAAUAUCUACAGAUAUGCCUUUGAUUUUGCAAGGGAUAAAGAUCAGAGAAGCCUUGAUAUUGAUACUGCAAAGUCUAUGCUAGCUCUUCUGCUUGGAAGGACAUGGCCAUUGUUCUCAGUAUUUUACCAGUACCUGGAGCAAUCAAAGUAUCGUGUUAUGAACAAAGAUCAGUGGUACAACGUAUUAGAAUUCAGCAGAACUGUCCAUGCCGAUCUUAGUAACUAUGAUGAAGAUGGUGCUUGGCCUGUUCUUCUCGAUGAAUUUGUUGAGUGGCAAAAAAUCCGUCAAACAUCAUAGCAAGAACUAAUGUGAAGAAAAUGCAAACCUUUUGGCACCCAUGUGUACACAGGCUAACAAGACGAGGAAAAAAUCCAAAGGGUGCAUUUUCAUUCGUAUGAAAGACUUCUCAUAGUACUUUUUUUUCCUUUUUUUUAAAGGAAGUUUUCUUGUUACAUGUGAUGGGCAUUGAGCCACACCUCUUCUGAGACUGAAUAUUGAAGCUUUUGUUUUGAGUUAUGUUUAUAACAUUUAUUUCAGAACAAUAAAGAUUCAGAUUUGUGACAAAGGCCUUAA